UAGCAAUAAGGAGUUUCGUCUUAAUUUCAUUGGGUCCUGCUGCUUUUUCAGUCUUUGUCUUUUUUAUCUGGUAUUCUAACUCAAUUUUACAAUCUUCCAUUGGUUUUAUAGUGUUACAGCAGGGGUAUGGGUGCGGGUGGCUGAACUGUUGCAGGUGGCAGCACUGGGAGUGGCGGGAAGAGAGAGACUGAAAGAAAGGAGACGCUUGGCCCGAGAGGAAGCCAGCGUGUGCCUGUCUGUUUGGAAGUGUUUCCCUGCCUGUUGAGUGUCUUGUUGAGUGCCUGUCGUGCCCUGGGAGACUUGUGGUGCCCCUGUGAACUUGUAAAGCAGUGUACUUGCGGAGGAUUUGUCAAUAAACCUAGGAAAUAGUGCCCGUGUUUUCCCCAGUGCCCCGGCCUCGUGUGUGUGUGUGUGUGUGUGCCUUGUCCUGGCGUUCAGUGUGACUUAUUUGAGGCCCCGCUGGUGUUGUUUCUCGACCCGUGCCCUUGUGGAUAACACGCCCGCCCGGAGUGAAGGGUGGGCGCAACAAUAUCAUCAGUGUUUAUCGUGAAUGCUGCAUCCACGUGUUGUCUUGACUGAUAUGCUAUUGUUCAUUCAUUAUUAUCUAUAUUAAUUGAUUUAUUCUCGUAAUACUUCUUGAGUGCAUUUACAUAUUCUUCUUUUAUAUUAUUAUUAUUAUUAUUAUUAUGGUAACACUGCAGGGUUGGACCUCCUCUCUAUUCAUUAAAAACACAUUGCAACGUGAUAGAGUACUUACUAUAGAACAUGUCUGUGAUGUUUUCAAUGUGGGGAAGGCUUUUGUAAGGCCGUAGUAAUUAAAUUAAUAGCGCGCCGCCUCCACAAACUAAGUCCACAAUGAUCUCAAGGAUAUAAGUUAGGUUAGAUUAGUAACCUUAGGGGGGUGUUCAGGACGGGGCGCAGCCCCUCCGGUUAGGUUAGGUUAAGGUUAGGUUAGGUUACUAACCUAACCUUAACCUAACCUAACCCACCACGACACUCUUAGGUGUUAACAUACCUAACCUAACCUAAUGGGGGCCACUGCCCCAUAGGAGUGGCACUUAAUUUGUGAGGGACAGUGGUCAGGGAGCCAGGAGGCUAGAGGGAGUGCAGGCCUGGCCUAGUGUUGCAAGGAAGGGGCAGGAAGCAGGAUGUGUGUUGCAGGCAGGGGCAGUGUGUUGCCUAGUGUUGCAAGGAAGGGGCAGGAAGCAGGGUGUGUGUUGCAGGCAGGGGCAGUGUGUAGCCUAGUGUUGCAAGGAAGGGGCAGGAAGCAGGGUGUGUGUUGCAGGCUGGGGCAGUGUGCAGCCUAGUGUUGCAAGGAAGGGGCAGGAAGCAGGGUGUGUUGCAGGCAGGGGCAGUGUGUUAAGCAGCCCUUGGGCCAGUGUGUGCUGACUGUCACUGUUGUUCCAGGUGCCAGGCAGAGUCCAGGCUGCACGCCCUGCUCACCCGCCAACCAGUCUUGUUGUGUCCAUGGCGUGUGCUGGUGGGAGUGGUGCUGUGGUGGAGGCCGUGAGGCCGGGCAGCAGCAUGAGUGGCCAGCAGCAGCAGCAGCAGCAGCAGCAGCAGCCAGCCUCAGGUGUGGGGAGGCGCAGGCAUGGUGGCAAGAAUCACCUGGAGGCAGGCAGCUCUGUCCACAGAGGAGAGAGCAAGUUUGAGUGCCAGCAGUGUGACAAAACUUUUGUAUCCAAACAAGGCCUUAAGUACCACACCCUGACACACAGUGGUGUUAGAAAUUAUGAGUGUGGUGAGUGUGGGAGGAAAUUUACCCACAAGUUUUCCCUCACCUCACACACCCUGACACACAGUGGUGCUAGAAAUUAUGAGUGUGGUGAGUGUGGGAAGAAAUUUACCCUAAAGGCUUCCCUCAUCAGACACACCCUGACACACAGUGGUGUUAGAAAUUAUGAGUGUGAUGAGUGUGGCAGGAAAUUUACCAGAAAGUCAACCCUCAGCAGACACACCCUGACACACAGUGGUGUUAGAAAUUAUGAGUGUGAUGAGUGUGGCAGGAAGUUUAUUACAAAAUCUGAACUCACCACACACACCCUGAUACACAGUGGUAUUAGAAAUUAUGAGUGUGAUGAGUGUGGCAGGAAAUUUAUUACGAAAUCUGACCUCACCAAACACAUCUUGACACACAGUGGUGUUAGAAAUUAUGAGUGUGAUGAGUGUGGCAGGAAGUUUACCAGAAAGUCUCACCUCAGAAGACACAUCCUGACACACAGUGGUGUUAGAAAUUAUGAGUGUGAUGAGUGUGGCAGGAAGUUUACCAGAAAGUCAACCCUCACCAAACACAUUCUGACACACAUUGGUGUUAGAAAUUAUGAUUGUGGUGCCAGGCAGAGUCCAGGCUGCACGCCCUGCUCGCCGCCAACCAAUCUUGUUGUGUCCAUGGCGUGUGCUGGUGGGAGUAGUGCUGUGGUGGAGGCCGUGAGGCGGGCUGCAGCAUGAGUGGCCAGCAGCAGCAGCAGCAGCAGCAGCAGCAGCCAGCCUCAGGUGUGGGGAGGCGCAGGCAUGGUGGCAAGAAUCACCUGGAGGCAGGCAGCUCUGUCCACAGAGGAGAGAGCAAGUUUUAGUGCCAGCAGUGUGACAGAACUUUUGUAUCCAAACAAGGCCUUAAGUACCACACCCUGACACACAGUGGUGUUAGAAAUUUUGAGUGUGGUGAGUGUGGGAAGAAAUUUACCCACAAGUCUUACCUCACCAAACACACCCUGACACACAGUGGUGUUAGAAAUUAUGAGUGUGGUGAGUGUGGGAAGAAAUUUACCCACAAGUUUAACCUCACCACACACACCCUGACACACAGUGGUGUUAGAAAUUAUGAGUGUGGUGAGUGUGGGAAGAAAUUUACCCGCAAGUCUUAUCUCACCUCACACUCAUUGACACACAGUGGUGUUAGAAAUUAUGAGUGUGAUGAGUGUGGAAAAAGAUUUCCUACCAUUUCUCGUCUCAAUAAACACACCUUCAGACACACUGGCUUGAGGGAGUUCAAGUGUGAUGUUUGUGGCAAGUGUUUCAAGACAAAGGCUGAUAUUGUCAAGCACAUGAGGGUCCACUUCUGAGGUGGUGUGUUGUGUGUGGAUGUGUGGGGCCACACCCAUGCCUGUGGUGGUGGCGGUGGUGGUGGUGUGAGGGAGUAACAGCCCCAGCAGUUGUUUUGUUGGCAGUGCAGGUGUGACCUUCAAUAAAUGUGUGUGUAUGACAUAACGCCAAGUUCUUUUCCGUUUUGAGCGGUGGUGUGUGAGUUCCCUGUGUUUGGUGUUUGGUGCACAGUCGUGGUGGCCACAAGCACCGCCCCCAACACUUGCUUCACUGUAUCUGAGCAGCCGCAUCCCUCACCACCCUGCCAGCCUGUCUUGCGUUCACUGGGUGUCCCUGAGCCGUCGUGCAGACGCUGGGGCACGGCCGUGGCAGUCUUCGGCAAGCACGGGCGUCUGGCGUGGUGGUGUAAGAAUACGCGUCGUGUCUUCUGUAUCAGUUAGGAAGAGCAGGGGACCCAGCACAGAGCCCUGGGGCCCCCUGCCGUGCACCUUCACUCUGCUGGACGCUGCUGCAUGUACUAUUGUGCCUCUACAUGCUGCACCUGCUGGAGGUGUUUCAGUGGUACAAGGACUGUGGCGAGGGUGACACAGGCAGAAUUCUCAGGAUACAAAAAGACAUGUUAUCAAUGUCUGUCAUAUUUCUCUACUUACUUCUUCACUUUGCUGGCCAAGAACACAUUACACUGUACAGUCUUGCUGCUGUAAUGCCAACACACUCUAGCAAAAAAUAAAUAAAUAAAUAAAAAAACUUCAGUAGCCUGGGAAGCAAAAUACAUGAAGAAAAGGGGAAGUGACAACUAGAAAGAAAAAAAAAAAAGGAAAACAAAACUGCUGAACAAAAAAAAAAGUAUUGGAAAAAAAAAGAUUAUUUUGACAGCACACACACACACACACACACACACACACACACACACACACACACACACACACACACACACACACACACACACACACACACACACACACACACACACACACACA